ACAACAACAACAACAACAACAACGCCGCCUCAAGUCUCUUUUCACAACAAUAAUGUCUUAGUUGUAUCCGGGACAGUUUUCCUUAUAAAUAGAACGCUACAUUGAAACCAAACAAAGAAGCAACAUAAAACCUCAACUGCGACCUUAUUUUCUAAUGAACAGAUCGGAAAAGGCCACAUUGUCAGCCAGCUUGCUGUCCUGUUAGGUUUGCGCUACAAUCGCAACAGUACUCUUGACCAGGCCUCUUUGGAAUAAUGAACGCAUCAAGCCUCGGGUAUCCCCUGCCAAGCCAGAGUCUUGUGUCACGCAUCGUGUGUCGAUUGAUCAAGCUGGUUAGGUAGACCCGACGUUCAGUCCAAUUUGAUAUUCCCAACUACUCUGGUUUGGUUCCUGGAAUUUGCCCCGUCUCUCUUGAGAAAGUCUCUCUUGGGAACGAAAACGGGGCGUCCCGGAAAACUUGCCAACGAAACAAAGCAGCGAAUGAGGGAAACAGAAAACGAAAAUCCAGAAGGUUGUGUCGCGUUUGAGAUGUCGUGGCUCCAAAGGAGAAAAAAAAGAAAAAAAAAAAUCAAUGCUGCGCUUGGCUUCGCUCUCUUGUCCUGGACCCUCAGUUAGAUUUUUGAUACAGUGAUACAGGGGUAUCUCUGAACGCUAUAUGUCAAUCUUCACUAAAUAGGGGCCGCUACAGUUGGCUGCAUUGCCUGUUCAAUAAUGCAGUCGCUGAUUAAUGCGCCGAGGAUACACCCUGCUGAUUGGCUGUCUGUCUACCUUGCAUAUCCCGUUCGACAAGCAUCCAAGCCAUAAGGAGAUGAGAUGAUGAAACCGGACAAACACGGACGCGGAGACGUCUACGGGAAAUGGCGGUGUUAAUUCGACUCCCAUAAACAACUACGCACAAACGGUGAGAAUGAGGUACGGUACGUCCCAUUUGGACAACUCACCGACAAAAGCGUAGAGAAAGAGAAUGGUAUCGGAUCUCCUCAGGGCAACAUAUGUGGCACUUCUUUAAUCAGUUUACCGAUUUCGCCUUUUUGCUACUUACAAUCUUCUCUUCAAAGGAGAAAAGAAAUUACCGUGUUUUCCUGCUUUGGGUUACCGCUCAGCCAAUCUCUACACCCCAUCGCCAACUCCCAACUACUAACAAGCACAUGUACAUGUUCCAAUAUGUAUAGCAGUUCUUGCACACCCUAAGAAAAAUAAAACUGGAUCAUGUUGCGUUCCUGGCCGAUUUCGUUUCUUUCCAGUUCAACGCCGCCAUUGCCUGUCCUUAUCACCUCAAUCUCCUCAGACCAUCAUUCAUUCCCUUUGUUGGCAAGAGUUGAUGCGCUGCCUGAAGUCGCCUUUCUCCGCGACUCCGGUGUUGGUGUUGCCAUCUUGUUCGCCUCUAAACUAAGUCGAUCUGUACUUCUUUCACAUAACACUCGUUACUUUAUUUUAUUCCUUCUUCUUCUUUUUUUUUUUUUUUUUUUAUCUGUUUUAAAUUCUUCAGGCCGAGCCUGGGGUUGGCUGCUGGUAAUGCUCCUUUUUGUGAGCCCCGGCUUAUUCCACUCCUUUUCUAUUUUUGAAAGCUUUUAUCUUUCUCACUACUAGUCAGUCUUUAUCGAGCUAUACUCGGUUGUCAUUGCUCAACUAGUGUCUGAGAUUUCUCCAGUCGGGGAUUUUUAUUUUUUAUCAUUCAUUUUAUUCUACUUACCUUCGUUACUUCUUGAGGGAGUCCUCGGCUUUGACCUUGCACCCAGUGCGCGAUGGCCUCCUGAAUACCUACCUGCUUCGUCUGGUAGUGAUAUAUUGAACUCAGUCCCUCCUUAUACCCUCCCUAUUCAGACACCCUUGCCUUUCGCCCCUGCGAAGCAGUCCUAUCUUUUACAAAUACAAACUUAACCAUGCGUUGUGAAUCUCUUGAACGCCAAUCUCUCAAUUAGCUUGUUUCAUCAAGCUCCAACAACCUUGCACUUCAUUGCAAAAGGAAAGAAUCCCGUCGUUCAUAUCGCCGGCGUUGACAAAUACAACCCUAGCUUCUUCGUGCACACACCAACAUAUUGAUAUACUGGAGUGGCCAGGGUCUCAUUUUCCUGUUGCUGGGGCUAAAUACCACCACGAAAACAGUCUCACGUUCACAACUUAUACUAGCUCGUGAACUUCGAAUCAGUGGGCUGUGGAGAUAUAUAUUCAACCCACUUGUUGUAUGCCCUAUUUCCGGCGCUCCUCUCAUCCCACAUAGAGGGCCAUCCAUCCUUGGGAAAUCUUCACAUACAUUGCACAAAAGUAAAUACAUGACAAUGAAGACUGGUAUCUUCACUAUUACCGCGCUCUCUUUUCUAGGAGUAACAGAGGCCCUCCCGAGACCCUACCGACCUCAAAAUGCCAAGCGCGCGACCUUGACUAAAUAUGUCAUCGUUGAUGUGCCUGGGGUCGUCGUUUGGGUCAACCAGAAUGGGAAACCUAUUAAAACUGAGACCAAAGGCCUGGUGUCUACUUACACGGCUCCGCUGUCCACUGUCACGCAACACCUCCACUCGCCCAAGGGUCUAGCAACCAAAAAUGUCCAACUUCCAGUUUCACCACUGCCUCCACUUCCACUUCCACCACCACCUUCAGCUGCUGCUCCCACACCUCCUGGAGGCAAAUCUAACGUUGUUGACUUACCCAACUUGCCUCCACUUCCUUCGCCCAGUAAACCUUCACUUCCACUCCCUCUACCACCACCACUAUCAUCUCCGAAGGACCCCGCGGCCCCUAACUUACCCACGAAGGGAUUGGGAGUAUGCUACGCCCCAUACCGAAGUGACGGCGGAUGCAAAUCUGAGAAGGAAAUCGACGACGACUUCUCCAAACUAGGCAAAUACAACGUCAUUCGUUUCUACGGCGUUGACUGCGAUCAGGUCCCCAAAAUCGUAGCUGCCGCUAAGAAGCACAACAAGAAACUGUUCGCCGGCAUCUUUGACAUCAACGAUCUCGACAACGGUUUACACACUUUGAUUGAGGGCGCCAAAUCCGCCUGGCCAAUCAUCACUACAGUCUCUAUCGGCAAUGAACUUGUAAACAACGGCCAAGCCUCUGCCGAUGCGGUCGUCAAAGCAGUAAACACCGCCCGCUCGAAACUGCGCGGAGCGGGUUACAAAGGCCCUGUCGUCACUGUUGACACUUUCGUCGCGCUUAUCGACCACCCAGAACUCUGCAAAGCCUCCGAUUACUGUGCUGCGAACUGCCAUGCCUUCUUCGACCCCAAUAUCGACGCGUCUCGUGCGGGGGAGUUUGUCAAGGACCAGAUGAAGCGUGUGUCUGCUGCUGCAGGAGGGGGAAAGAUGACUAUUAUUACGGAAUCCGGCUGGCCGAAAUCCGGACAAUCGAAUGGGAAGGCAGUGCCGUCCAAGAAGAACCAGCAGCUGGCGCUGCAGAGUUUGAACAACGCAUUUGCGAAUGAUGAUGAUGCUGGAUUGUUUUUGUUUUCUGCUUUUGAUGAUCCGUGGAAGAAGGAUAUUGCGGGAACAUUUGGAUCGGAGAAGUUCUGGGGGAUUUUGUGAAAAAUGUUUUUGGGGCUGCUGUUCAAUUUUUGGAAUUUGGCAUAUUUAUCUUACAUUUUUCUGUUUUCGGAGGGAGUGUAUCUGUGAGCUAUUAGCGAGCUUGACUCUCUUCUAUAUUGAUUUAUAAGUGCAGGUGUUGGAGUAGAGAACAAACAUUGAAGAGGUGAGUGAGAGGAAUGUAGCAGCAGUGUUACCACAGUAAUCACCUCACAAUUCACACAUGUAAUAAUAUAAUCUAGCUACAGUGUCACACAAUGAAACUUUUAGGGCCUGUUCGGUGACCCCGUCCAGGGCCCUAUAAAUCCGUAGAGUGCCAGCUUGUACGACCCUGGACGGCUCUGGCCGGGGUUAUACACGCUAACCUGGCCGGAUACCAAGCAUGCCAAGCUGGCAGUCAGAUUCAUAUUAUAGAGUUCAACGGUGUAACUAUUUAGUUGAAAAAGUGAUAGAUCUAAACCUAUUCAAGUUAAAUCUGUAGUUACUGUAUACGCUGGAAUGAUGUGCUGACACAUUCCAGUGUGGCCUGCAAAUUGUGGAAGGUGUAAAGCUU